AUGACAGACUUGGGAACAUUGCAUUACUUCCUAGGCAUGGAAGUUAAAUAUGAAGAUGGAAACAUUCUAGUGUCACAACAAAGAUAUGCAAAGGGUCUACACAAAAGAUUUAAGAUGGAAAAUUGUAACACAAUCUCAACUCCCAUGGAGUAUGGUCAACGGCUAACUAAGGAUGAUCCAGAAGAAGAAGUGAACCAAAAUGUGUAUAGAAGUCUUGUGGGCAGCCUGAUGUACCUGACAAACACUCGCCCAGACAUCAUGUUUGCAGUUAGUAAAGUCAGCCGAUUCAUGGAAAGGCCAAGGAAAAGUCAUUGGGAAGCCGAGAAAAGAAUCUUGAGGUACAUAAAAGGAACGAUAAAUCAUGGAAUAGUCUACUCCAAAGGCAGUAAAGGAAAAUUAGUAGGCUUUAGUGAUAGCGACUAUGCCGGAAAUAUAGAUGAUAGUAAAAGUACGUCCGGUUAUGUUUUUAACUUGGGGUCCGGAGCAAUCGCAUGGCAAUCAAAGAAAUAA